CCCCCCUCACUCCUCAGUCCCCACUCUCCACUCCUCUCAGCAGCUGGCGGUCGGAAGGACAGAAAGGGGGAGCGGAGCCGCCGCCGGCGACCUCACCCCGCCGCCCCGUCGCCGUCCCCGGUGAUCGGAUCCGAUCGAGCGGCGGAGAGAGGAAGGAGAUGGCGCUGCUGAUGGACCCCGCCGAGGUUCCCCAAGGCCGAGGCAGUGCAGAGAGAGGAGGGCUGAUGGAUCCCGCUGAGGUUCCCCAACUCCAGUGGGCCGACCCCGUUUCCAGCUCGCCGCGUGUGUACGGUAGGAAGCAGUGGCGUGCCGUGUGCAAGGUGCUCGGCAACGACAAUCUCCUCGCUGAGAUCCUCGUCCGCCUCCCUCCCAAUCCGUCCUCGCUCCCCCGCGCAUCUGUCGUGUGCAAGCGCUGGCUCGGCAUCCUCUCCGACCCCGAGUUCCUCAAACGCUUCCGCAAGCACCACCGCAAGCCUCCUCUCCUCGGCUUCUUUGAAGGGUAUGCCAACCGCUUUGCUCCCGUCAUGGACUCGCCGGACCGUAUCACUGCCUCCUGCUUCUCCAUGCCCAAGAGCAGCACGCCCUACAGCGACCAUCGAGAAUACAUGGGCUGCCGCCACGGCCUCGCUGUUCUGGUCAACAAGCAGGAUCGCAAGACCUUCGUGUGGGAUCCCCUCACUGGCCGACAGCACAGCGUGGAUUUUCCACCCGGGCUCGAUGACGCCUUCACGGGGAAUUUCUGUAUGUGGCGUGCCGCAGUGUUGUGUGCUGAUGCCGAAGAUGGGCAUGUCCAUGGAGACUGCUUCUUGAGCCCGUUUAAAUUGGUUUUGCUCUGCUGCGGUGGAUACAAUACACAGGCAUUUUGUUCUGUCUAUGACUCGGUGUCUGGUGUUUGGGGAGGUGUUUUCUCGACCGCGGUAUCACGUAUAAUUUCUCUGUUAAGGCCCAGCAUCCUGGUUGGUAAUGCACUUUGCUGGCUGAUUUCUGGAGGUGAUAUCCUUGUGUUUGAUUUGGAAUGUCAGAGCCUUGAUGUGAUCGAGAAGCCGGCAUUCUACUAUGUUACCGACGGGUGUUUUCAGAUCUUACGGAUGGAGGGUGGUGGACUUGGCCUUGCUGUUUUGUUGGACUUGACCAUCCAAUUGUGGGAGAGGAAAUCUAACUCCGAUGGUGUCGUUGGAUGGGUGUUGCUGAAGAAAACCAUUCCACUGGAGGGGAUGUUUCCAAGGAGAAUGAAUUCUGUACGUAUCGUCGGGUAUGAUGAGGACACAAAUGUGAUUGUUCUCACUUCGAUGACCGGCAACUUCACGCUCCAACUUGACUCGAUGCAGCUCAAACAUAUUGUUAAAAGAAACAACAUAUGUUACGACCCGUUUUAUCCCUACACAAAUUUCUAUACUGCAGCAAGGCAGGGCAGUCGGCCGGGAAGGGGCGAAUCUGGAACUAAUUGUGAUCGGACCAGAUCUGCUAACAUACUAUCUUGGUCGAACAAUUUAGGUACUGAGAGUUAAAUUCGGGUUGCUGAGACGCAGCCAUGGCUAGUUGGCAUACGGAAGUUCUUCUAUUUUGUUGAGAUGCAAACAUGGCUAGUUGGUGCAGUGAAGUUCUUCUAUUUUGUAUGGUGUGGUCGACGCUUAAACUGUCCCACCAUGUAGUCUGUUGGAUCAUCUAGUAUGUAUGCCGUGGUCGAUGCUGAGAUGUCUCCUCUAUGUGGUAUGUAGGUUGUUCUACUUUUAGGUACCGCGGGCUGUGACGUGAACCUAUCGGGUUUAAUCAUCUGAAAUCUUAUAUAUAUAUUAGUAUCUAAGAUCAGCAGGCAUUAGUCGAUUUGUGUGCCUGGUUAGUGA